CAAACUUUGCGCAUAACGUUUUGAUGUCAGUUUGAGUUACGAAGAGUUCCAAAGAGAGCUGUUUUGUAAGAUGGAAUCAACUUCAAAUGCUGCUGUUAUGUCAUUGUCUGGCGACAAACCGCGUCGGAAACGCACAUUGGAUGACAAAGGUCAGUCACAGCGCAAGCAAGUUGGCGACAACACGAAAAUAUGAUCUUUGAUUUGUCGAAAUUUGAUCCAAGCUUUUUAUAGCGUCAAAGCACAUUGUCUUGAACACAAGCUCGUUAAUUUAAAACGAUAAGCAUAUUUGAAGUCAUUUACGUUCGCGUCAUUUGAAACAGACUAUUAAUUUUGGCGGGGGUAAAUCAAAGGAUCCGAUCCCCAUCUCAACCAUAGCACUGUCUUGUACUGCCUUGUUUUAUAUAGGUGUUUGAAAAACCGAAAAUUAUGUUGAAAAACAAGGUCCCAGCGCGAAUUAACAUGAGUACGUAACACCAACACACACAGGAGGUGAAUAUGAUGUUUGUGGUGUUACUCUGAGUAUGCCACCACAACGGGCAAGCUGAAAAGUUUGGGGAAUCUAACCCGUGAUCUUUGGGAUACUAGUCCAAUGCUCUAUCAAUUGAGCUAUGAGGUCAAGUCGGUUCGAGCUGGUGAUAUUUCGGAACUGAGUCUACUUCCCAGGCAUUAAAAUACGGAAUUUUUACAAGGACACACUUUGCCUUCAGAUGCGUAUUUUUGGUAUAAAUGCGCAGACUCACGAGAACGAGUGGCAAAGCCACAAGUUUAGCGUCCAAGACGCGAGCUUUUAAGGGGGUCUCUGAAAUGGCAUUUCCAGUGUUCUGAGAACAGAAUUUGGAAAAUAUUUGGCCAUUUUGCGUGGAUUACAUUAAUAUAUUUUCAGUUUAAUAUAUUUUCAAGUACACACUUUUCAAUUUACAAGGGCACAUUCGCCUUUUACAAGGACACAAAGUGUGUACAAGGACACGCUAUUUUAAUGCCUGCUACUUCCUUCGAUAUCAAUGUAUUCCAUUCAGAUAUGAUACUUUUUGCGUGUGUUGGUGUAACAACACUUCAGACAUAACUGUUCUCUGCUUUGGCGUACUAUCUAAAAUCUCUUCAUUUCAGCAUUAUUUUACACAUACAUCACUAAACAUACUUUUUAAGUCUGUUUGCCUCUUGAGAAACAUAAAAAAAGUAAGAAUUUGAAUUUUGUCGUAUGAGAUAACAGAGUGGAAAAGUAUAUUAUUUGGAUUCUUGCACUAUACUUGGUGAAAUUAACAUUAGAAUGUUAGGGUUUGUAAUCCAAGUGAGUUAGUUUUGAGCGCGUAUUGCGUGACCGCAUUGACAUCAAAUUAGCCUGAUCAUUGACUUGUAGUUUGUGAAAAACAUCACUUAUGUUUUUUCUUUUGCAAUUUUUAGCCUGCGAGGUUUGUGAUGAUAAAUCAACAGGGAAACAUUAUGGCGUGUACUGCUGUGAUGGAUGCAGUGGCUUCUUCAAACGUACAGUUCGUAGGUCUAUCCCGUGGCUCUGUCGGAAUAAUAACCAAUGUGUUGUAGACCGAGCAAGCAGAACUGAUUGCCGUGCCUGCAGAUUUAAGAAAUGUUUGAUGGUCAAUAUGAACCCGGAAGGUAGGUGACGUAUUUUUAGAUGGAAAUUUGAAAUAUGGAUUUUAUACCCUUUAUUACACCUAACCAGGAGCAAUCAGGAGCAUUUAUUGUGUGUGUUAUUGUUAUGUACUCAGGUGAUGUUUGUGAUGUUACUCUGAGUGUGCAUCCACACCGGUGUCUCAGCAGAUUUGGACCCCUCUCAAAAUGGACCCCCCGGUCCAAAUCCGCUAGCGAAUAUUUACUACUUGGAAUUGUUAUCUGCGCUGACGCUUAACUGCUCAAAUAAAAACGGAAAAUGAAAAUAUAGUUCAAAUUAUUUUUGCCUUAACAUACCCAUAACAAAGUGAUGCAUUCCACCCAACUCGAAAUUUUUAUAAAAUUAGCAUCUCAAUAACUUGUUUUCGUCAUUAAGCAAAUUCCAAGAUAGUUGAGUCAUGCCAUUAGUUAUCAUAAUUUCAAUUAAAGGGGAAGUCAAGUCCGUUCUGCGCAUCAGUUCUGCGCAUAACAAUAGAGGGCCCUCUGAGGUAAACAUUGCCCAAAUUUUGAAUGUUUCGAAUUUUUCUGAACACAAACUCUAUUUCAUAUUCAUGUAGAAGCAUAACGAACCAAAAUGGUGUUAGAUAUUCAGACAGUACAUCAUAUUUUAAAAAAUACAGCAGUUCAAAAUGUAAACAAACCGUUUGUUUACAUUACGGACUUGACUUCCCCUUUAAACUGACGCCUAAAUUUCCAUACACAUUCACCUGCAAAUCGUUUCUUAUAAAAGUCAACGUUAGUUUAAAUCACAAGUAGUGUUGGGACAACAGUAGCUAUAUAUAAUUUUCAUAAGGCGAAGGUGGUUAUUUUGAUCUCGAGAAUAUAUAUAUAUAUAUUAUCUAUAAUUUCAUCACAGAUAGUCCCCACAACUACUCGUAGAAUUAAAAAUUUCUUCUUUCUGUGAAUUUUAGGGGGUACAAUUCCGCGGAAGGGGGGUACAUAUUAGGAACUAGAUUUAGGUUCUCUAGCAGAAAUCAAACCUGUUUGUGUCCGUGUGUUCUGUUGAUGAUGGCGCUCUGUCACGCUGCUGUGGUUUCAUUCCUACAAUAUACAGUUGUCUCAUUUUCAUUCAUAGCUACCCUAACCAAAAUGAUGCCUCAUCUAGGUGUACAAAACACGAGCGGCUCGCGAGUGUCCUACGACAGGGCGAACAGGGAAAACGACUCAAGUGAAAUGAACUAUUCAGAUUUUGAAGGAACAAGUGUUCAAACUGUUCAUUUAAGGGGAAACUCCAGCACCAGCAGUAAGUCCACAGAACUACUUUUGCAUUUUACCAAUAGCAAUACAUGAUAUGACUCGUUAACGCAAAUUAUUCUGCAAACAGUUUGGCAACAUCAUUUUUGCGUUUUAGGCGUAACAUUGGCGACGAAUCCCUCGUUCCCAGGUUCCUCCAGCUCUCCUCCCAUCUCGAUGGCUCUAGCUGGUCUAAGCAGCAGUCCAGACUUUCAACGCAGAUCAGAUUCCCCUGUGUUGAUCAAAGUCGAAACUGAAGGCUGUGAUACAUACGUUGAGGUCGAGAAAAACUCGGAAAUCGUCGGAAAUAAUUUGGAGAAUAUCGGUCAUAAAACGGAACAUGGUCGUAAUAGCUCGGAGAUUGGCAGAAAUAGUUCGGGAAUUGCCGGAAAUACCUCGACAAUUGUCGAGAAAAGCCCGGAAAUUGUUGGGGGUACUUUGGAAAGCCGAAACAGAAACGUAUCAUCGUCACAAGUUGUGAGAGAACCAACUUCUACGAAAACCGGUAUGGUAAUCAUGUCUCAACCAGUCAGACCGGUUAUGCCAGCUCAACCUCAAGUGGUCCCCACACAAAUGCUAGUUGUUCCAAAUACUUCGUUUACUCAUCGGUACCCCUAUCAAUCAACCCAUUACCCCUUAACAUCACCCACACCACGUUAUGCACUCACUGACCGCGAAAAUGUCACUCCAGGUGGCACAGAAAUCUCGUUAAGAUCGAAGGCAGACUCUCUGCAAAAUAUGGCAGUACAACUUCUAUCAAAUUCUGUUCAGUUUGCGAAAAAUAUCCCUAGCUUCAAAUCCCUGCCUUUUCGCGACCAGAUUAUCCUUCUCGAAGAAUCUUGGAAAGACUUGUUUAUACUAGACGCGGCAUUUUGGUCCUUCCCCCUCGAUGUAUCGGGCAUCGUCCCCCCGGGGGAUGCGACACUAGUUUCCAAUCUUCGUGUCUUGCAAGAGUUGGUUGCUCGGAUCCAGGCUCUGGAACUUGACGAGUCUGAGUGUGGAUAUUUAAAGACUGUCGUUUUAUUUAAACCAGGUAAAAUUCUUUCUACACACGUAAAAACACACAAGUUGUAACAAACCUGCAGCAGACUUGUAGCAAUGCUGUUCCAACAACUUGUCAACAGGAUGUGUUCGCACUGCUUGUUCCCAGCUUGUUGACAACUUGCUACAAGGCCUACAAGGUUGUUGAGCUCAACAUACUUAUAAGUUGUUUCAACAACUUGUUAUCGUCCUGUAAUUCAACAAUUUGUCAACAAGUUGUGAGUGAAAAGCUUGUAGCAACUUGAUAAAAUAACAGCAUUGUUACAACUUGUUGACAAGCUUGCUACAAGCCUGUUGCGAACACAUCUUGUUGACAAGUUGGGGGAUUUUUACGUGUGUUUGUCGUUUGGAUAAUUCACUCCUUGACGGAUGUUUUUUUCUUUCUAGACAUCAAAGGUCUCAAAGACUCGCAGCAAGUAGAGAAACACCAAGACGAGGCUCUAGUCAAACUCUCUGAUUACGUCAGAACAACACGCGUGGAAAGUCCCGCGAGAUUCGGCCGCUUAUUGUUAACCUUGUCAGCAUUUGAACGAGCCGCGCAAGAGAUGAUUGAGAAAUUGUUCUUCCGUGCGCAAAACGAAGGCGUUGAGUAUAUCUUACAUGAUUUAUUUAAGAAAACAUAACUCAACCUCUUAUACUACAUUGACACUAC